AUGGUGCCUUUCGACCUUGACUAUCAACAAACUCUUGGAUCACCGUUCGUCUCUUUUAUCGAUCUGUCAAUGAUCAAUGAGCUUUAUGGAUGCAAAAUGGAUUCAGCAGCUAAUGAAUAUGCUGAGAUCAGUUGCAAAGCUACGACUUCACUCUUUUUUCAGUCUCCUAACGAAACAGAAAUCGAAAUUAUCCUUCUGAGCUUUAGUAACAGUUUUGAUAAUAAUGGAUGUGUGUACGAUGGUGUAGAAAUCAAGACAAAUCAGGACCAACGGCUCUCUGGCUAUAGGUUCUGCUCUAGUAGCGCAGCCGGGACUCAUCUUCGUUCUUACACCAAUCGGGUUCCCAUAAUCACAUGGAACAGACUCUACAAAUCGGAAAUGAAAUUGCUGUACCGCCACGUUCCGGCUAGCGAUCCUCGUCUACCUGCUCGAACAAUUCGACCACCUACGAACUCCGACAGAAUCACUACCGAACUACCUCUUCCUGCUGAUUUCUGGAUCUCUGGUGGAGUAGCGCCUCUUCCGGCCGAGUUCUGGACUUCUGGUGAAGCAGCGCGCAUAUGUGUGGACCAUCCAGAGUGUUCUCUUCAUCUUGCUGCCGUAAACUUCUGCAAUAAUGACCACUUCACCAUUGCGCAGAAGAGGAGCUAUUGUCCUAGAUCAUGUAAUCUGUGCACUACUCCACAGUCUAUCAACUCCGCCGCUUGA